AUUGGAUAAAAGCUAUUAUAUGGUGCGGGUGUGCGUGGUAUUUCUGACAAGAUUUAGAAUAUCUUUCUAAAGUCAAAAUGAACGCUAGUCAGGCGUUGUUUCCAGCUUACGUUAACGGAUUCAUGAGACCAUACAACGCGUCACAUAAUUACUAUGGUGUUGACUACGAAACAUUCGAUACAUCGCUCUAUCUGUCUGAUAUGGACAUUGAUCUAUACCUAGACCUGCGUCCUCUGAACAUCGCUCUUAUUGUUUUUUACGGAUUUAUAUUCCUGAGCGGAUUAUUCGGAAAUAUAAUUGUGAUAAUUUCAAUCAUUCGCUUUAAAAGCCUCAGAACAUUGACAAACUAUUUUCUUCUGAACUUAACGAUUGGUGAUAUUUUAGUUAUCAUCGUGUGCAUUCCCCUAACGUUGGGUUCAACAAUUUACAAAAAAUGGGUUUAUGGAGAAGUGUUGUGCAAAUUGGUUCCUUUUCUACAAGGGUCUGCCGUGUCAGUGUCUGUUCUGUCCCAUUUAUUUAUAACCGGAAGCCGGUACGUUGCUAUUUAUAGACCGCUAGUGUCAAAGAUAGUAUUUUCGAAACGAAAUGUUCGGAUAAUGAUAUUUUUCAUUUGGUCUAUUUCUUUUUCUGCCAUGUUACCUUUGUUGGUAGUCAAUAGAGUACGCCGUGAAAUCGAACUGGAAAUAUUUGAAAGUGUUAUUUGUGAAGAAAUGUGGAACAGUCCAGAAGAUAAAUUCAUAUUCAAUGUGUUCAUAUUUAUAAUCUUAUUUGUUUGUCCAUUUAUUUUAAUGGCCAUUUGCUAUACUGUUAUUGGAUAUACGCUUUGGUACUCAAGUAAAUUUAUGGUAGAAAGUUCAUGCCAAAAAAACAGAAACCAAAUCAUCUUACGACAAAGGCGGCGAACAGUAAAGAUGCUUGUUUGCAUUUUAGUUACAUUUGUUUUAUGUUGGCUACCAUACUAUGCUGUAAAUUUCUGGAUCGAUGCCAAUAUCGGCGAUGCGUCCAAAAAGGAAACGAUGUCAGUAGUGUUUACAUACAGUUUUCCCCUUGUUAUAUUAUUGGGACUUUCCAAUUCUGCAGUUAAUCCGGUGUUUUAUUACAUAAUGUGCCGUGGAUUUAGGCGGAGUUUCAACACAAUAUUGUGCAGUGGCUUGCUCAAACGAGGGGAACAGCUGUUGAGACAGUCGAUGAAAGGGAAACACACAAUGAGUGAAAGUGUCGAUACAGCCCAGCUAUAGUGAGGUAUUAAUUAAAUGUUAUGGCAGAAUGAAAAUGAACAAAGUGUUACCAACAUUUAACAGCGGUUAUAUAAAUGUUGUAAGGUGAUAUUAUUGGAUAGUGGUAACAGGCCGACGGUGAAAGGUACAGAAAAAAUGAUAUAUGUUAUGUAGUGGCAUAUAAUGUGACAUAUAAUGAUAACUGAAUUAAUACGAUAUGACAAGUACAAUACCUCAAAAUGUUGAGAAUUAUAUAAUGCUGAUAAAUGACAUGUUAAAACUUAGACAGUUUGCUGGAAUGUUUUUGGAUCAGAAUACAUUAUUAUUUUACUGAACAAACAACACGCAUCUAGUUUGUUAUAUUUAUACCGUGUUUUAAUUAACUCAGAGGAGUUGUCUUACCUUUUGACUAUGUUAUACAAACCAUUUUAAUUGUUAGUAUGCAUUAUUGUGUUCUGUUAUAUUUUCUGCUAAAAUUGCUUUGAACGAAUAAA